AUGCAUGUAAUGCGCGCCCCGUACCUUUCCACGCGCAGACCUCCACCGCCUGUCUUCCUGUCUCCUUCCUUCUUGCGGAAAUACCACAUAAUUUACGGAGCCUUAGGUGUGCGCGCCGUAGCAUUGCUAUCCCGCUACGUCGGCGGCGAUUUAAGCGUAGGACAACACAAAAGAAAUCUCAAGUGACACAUACAACAUGUCCUCGCCAACUAGUUCAGACCUAGAGAUACUGGCUUCCAAAAUCGCCCAUCCUGGAAUUGACCUCAAAACUAAGCAUGCACUCGCGUGUGAGCUUAGAGACAUGGUUGACGCGGUUAGGGAUUCGGGGACCACGGGAGCUGUCUCUGGGGUCAUAACCGUAGUCGUGGAUCGCCUGAAAAAUUCUGAGCCCUCGAAUCAAAAGGACAGCUUGGAGUACGGCUUCCGCCGUGUCCUCAUCGAGAUCCUACAUCGUCUUCCCCUACCGGAUGCAUUGCGCCCCCAAGCUCAGGUGUUAUGCGCAGGGCUGCUCCAUGUGAUAGCUACAGACUACGAAGACAAUGCGAUCACGUGCUGCAAGACCCUUGUGGACGUCGUCCGCAACUUCAAGCCAUUGAAUGAAGAACUCACAGCACAGUUCUUCAACAUCCUGCACACUGUCUUUCGCAACGUCCCGCUGGUCGUUCAAGAGGCUCUGUCUGAGGAGUCUCCCGCUUAUGACGAAAAGAAUCCGCCUUUGUACCCGAGUACGCGUAGCUUCAAGGUGUUUGCGGAGCUCGCAACUGCCGUGGUCAUCUUGACCCAGAGUCACCGUCCAAUAGUCCUACCCGUCAUCCAGCAGGGCCUGAACCUCUAUCUCGAAGCUAUCAUGAUCCAGUCUCCGGCGCAGCGCAAAGCACGUGAAGAGCAUGAAGCCAUGGAGGGCUACUGGUCAGGUGUUGCUCCAACAGUGAAAAACCUGCCCGCGUACACCGAUCUCAUUGUCGCGCAAGUGAAGAUGGUGUCAUUCCUUAUGUUCUUUUUGCGGAGCACCAGUUCGCCGGACCAACCGCCCAUGGAGAACGAGUUGGAACAGAUUAUCCUCGCGACGCUACGGCUCCUGCAGGAUUGUCCAACAACGGCCAUAGCCCCACGGAAGGACCUCAUGAUUGUUUUCCGCUACCUCAUAAGCCAACCUCAAAGGCGUGUGCUGCUCCCCGAAAUCGACAAGAUUCUCGAGGAACAUGUGCUCAUGGGCACUACUCUCGCGAGCCAGGAGCUUGUCCGUGCAAAUGCUCUUGGUUGCAUUGCCGACCUGCUGCACCAUCUUCGCGCAGAUCUUACUGUGGAGCAACUAACAAGAGCCUGUACCGGGUUCGCUCGGCACAUGCAUAACCCUUAUCUCAGCAACUCUAUCCACAUGGUGGCUGCUAGGAUGAUAUACAACAUGAUUGAUGUUGUUGUGCAGAAGGACACUCCACAAGGGGCCGCCAAGCUGCUGAGCUUGCUACUCGAAGGAUGCGUUCACAAGUUUGAGUCCAUGUCGCUAGUACUCAAAGAAGCGUUUUCCAAGCUGGAACGACUGAGGAGAUCCGAGGGUCGGGAGAAGGGGCCAGAAAGCAAGGAGGCUAAGGAUGGCAAGGAUACCAAGGAUACCAAGGCUGAUGAGAACGGUGACGACAAGGCCGAGGAGAAGGUGGGGGGCAAACUCGCGAGCAAGGCCGAGGACAAGACAGAAGUUGACGGCAAAGAGAUCGUCGACAUCACGUCCGUGGAGAGAGUCCGACCGAUCGCGAGCGCGACAUAUGCUGUCGAGAAGCCUGAGGAGCUUGUUAUUGAAUAUCGCUCGUUAUACCGGCACAUGCAGCAUGCCGUUCGAGCGACUCUCGGCGGCCUCAAGAAGUGCAACGCGCCCGUCCCCGACGGCGCGCUGAUAGCUAGCUUGUUUGAAUCUUGCAUCAAUUGUAUGCCACUCUUCGACAACGAGCACCGGGAUGCUGUAGAAGCUAUGGAACAGCUCGGUGGCACAUUCCUCGAGGUCGACUUACAUGUAUUUCAAGAGGUCUGGACAACCAAGAUCGAGUUCAUCAACGCCGCGGUGGAGAAGCGGCCAUAUCUCAUGCAGGUCGCGAAUCAAUACUUCCAGCGCGACACCCACUCGCCGACGCUCGUCGCCAUCGUUCUCAGGUUUUGUAUGUCCCGACUUGAGAUGCUUGGGGAGAUGGAAGACCAGCAAGCUGCAAUUGCGAUCAAGUGGUUCAAGACCGUCUUCAUCGCAGUGACCAUGCAUCCGAAGCUGAAUGAGCCCAUCCUCGCUGCGCACGUUGGCGACCUCAUCAUGGACUGCUUCCCACUCGCGGCCAAGACGUCGAAGCCCACACACUACUUCCAUCUUCUGCGUGCCCUUUUCCGUGCGAUUGGUGGUGGUGGUGGCAGGUUCGAGCUUCUGUACCAGGAAGUUCUGCCCCUGCUACCGGAGAUGCUUGAGUGUCUACAGCGUCAGCUCCAGAACUCUGAUGGGUUCACCCGCGACAUGAUCGUCGAGCUCUGUUUAACGGUUCCCCUCCGGCUAACUCAUCUAUUGCCGCAUCUACAAUAUCUCAUGCAACCUCUUGCCCUCGCCCUGCGCGGAAAUCCCGAGCUUGCUUCCCAAGGCCUGCGAACGCUGGAACUGUGUAUUGACAACCUCACUCCGGAGUUCCUUGACCCCACGCUGAAUCUUGUAUUGCGAGACCUCAUGGAAGCUCUGCAUUCUCACCUUCGACCUCUUCCCGCAAAUCAUCAUCAUGCGCAUACUACUAUUCGUCUCUUGGGCAAACUCGGAGGGCGCAACCGCCGUCUGCUUGAGAAAGAUCCUAUCAUCCGGUACUAUCCCCAGCCGGAAUCAGCCGUUGUGCGUUUCUCGUUGACCGGGAUGCCCGGAACAGUUGAGAUUAUGCCGGCACUGCAGCUGGCAUAUUGGUCAUUGCGCGGCGGUAAAACCACUUCAUACUAUCGCUCAUAUGCAUUCACGUACGUCGAUGCCAUUGUCAAAUUGCUCCUGAACGAGGGUGUGAAGGGUCGAGAGCGUGAAGAGGCCUUUGCGAAGUGCCUGGAGGCCUUUUUUGAGGCCCUUCAUCUCAACGAGACCAGCGAGGCCGCUGAGACUCGCCUUCGUGAGAUCGCGCGACAUAUCCUUAGUGCCGAGAUUCGCCGGGCGAUCCCAAAAGAUAUCACGUCUCGUAGGCUUCCUGGGCCUCUAUACGCCUGCCUUCUGGAUGCAAUAGCCUACGGUUUGGUGAGGGACGAGCCCAAACAAGCGAAGAAGGCCCAGGUUCUCGUCGAAUCCUUCAUCAAGGACCUCAUCAGCUUGGCCGACAGCUAUGAAAAUGCAGUUCUGGACGUGCGGCCGGCCCUGAACCACUGCGCUAGCAAGUUUACAGCGCUCUGUCUUGAAGAUACGUGGUGCGCGAAGAGCGCGGGCUGCCGUGGCAUCAAGUUCAUGGCUGAGCUACCUGGGCUCGGCGUUCGCUGGGUCACGGAGCGUAUAGUCGAAAUCGUUCGGACGCUUCUUCACGUUCUCAAAGACAUGCCUUACGAGCUGCCCGAGUCGGUGAAACAGGUGACCGAGAUAUUGGAAUUGUCGGUACGGGUUUGCUACGCCGAGACGAAGGACAGCGAGCCUCCGGCAACUUCAACCAACGUGGUCAAGGCUCUUACGGGGAUUUUCUUCGCGGAAGUGUCCGGCCAGAACGCUAUCGUGCGCGGCACAGCUCAUCGUUGCAUCGACCUACUUUCCGAGCUCACGCAGAGCCCGAUAUCUGAACUGCUGUUGGAACAUCGAGGUCGCAUGCUCACCGCUUUCUACACAAAGCCACUCCGCGCUCUUCCUUUUCCUGCUCAAGUCGGAAUGGUAGAGGGAAUCCGUUAUUGUUUAUCGCUGGAUCCACCUCUUGCGGAGCUGACCGACGAGCUACUUCGACUACUCCAUGAAGCUCUGGCACUGGCUGACGCUGAGGAUAUGCACCUGCAGCCACCACGGCAGGGAGAAGUGGUAGCACGUCAGAGCGUUAUUCAGAUGACCAAGCUACGCGUCGCGUGUAUCAAGCUCUUGACCGCGUCCAUGCCGUUGACCGAUUUCUUUGCCAAGCAGCAAACUACUCGUCAGAAAGUGACGUCUGUAUACUUCAAGUCGCUGUAUUCGCCUAUCACCGAGAUUAAGGACGCGGCGCAUGAAGGCCUUCGGAUGGUGCUCAUGCACCAGGCUCGACUCCCGAAGGAGUUAUUACAGACUGGACUGCGGCCUAUCCUCAUGAAUCUUGCAGAUGCGAAGCGGCUCACGCCUCCCGGCUUGGAAGCUCUGGCACGUCUACUCGAGCUAUUGACUCACUACUUCAAGGUCGAGAUCGGGUCCAAGCUUCUUGACCACUAUCGUGCAAUCGCCGAUCCGCAGAUGCUCCAACAGCUAUCUCGUUUGCCCCUGACCGAGAACGAGGGUAUCCAAAAACUCAUUCGUCUUGCGAACAUUUUUCACCUACUUCCUUCGACCGCCAAUCAGUUUUUGGAGAAUCUGGUCAACAGCAUUGUCCAGACGGAGGCACAGAUGCAUUUCUCUGGUCAGAGCCCUUUCUCGGAACCCCUUGCGAAGUACCUUGAUCGAUAUCCCAUCGAGGCCGUCGACUUCUUCAUGCGUCAUCUGCAAUUCCCACGACAUGUGCGCACCUUGCGAAGCAUCCUACAGGCUCGCCUGGCACCUAGUGUGUUACGAGAACUACUUUCGCGCAUGCCGAUCAUCGUCUCUGUCUGCCUCGAGCAGGAGACAUCGAAGCAGGAAGCGCUGAGCAUGAUGAUGUCCGGCCUUCUGCUCGUCUUGGACAUUGUGGAGUUGAUCCCCGACUUCCUCUGCAAAAAUGACUAUGUCCUCCAGGUACUUCUAUCUAUCUGGCGUCAGGAGCCCUCCUCCUUGGACAGCUCGGCUGUUAUCGCGUUGGCUGAGUCGCAGCAAAAGUCUACGCAGCUGCUGAAUAUCUUCAAGGCCGCGGUCAUGCAAACACCCCGUAUCGAUCUCAUCUUCGAGAUUCCUGCCAUAUUCACGCGCAAUCUCCCCAUGGACCCCAUUCAUAUCUCGGAGCUCCUCUACAAUCGUGUCGCCGCUAACCCCAGUCUCACCUUUCGACGUAAUGUGCUCAUGCGAUUUAUUCUCUGGUUCGAAGAUCCUGCGUACUCAUGGACGCACAAGACCUGGGUAUUCCGCUUCAUCAUCACUCCGACCAUCGUUGCCAAUGCUCUCUCGCCGCCCAAAGAAGGUCUCUUGGAUUCGGACAUCGUGCAAUGGUUUCACACUCACAUAUGGGUUCCAAUGUCCUUGAAAGAUGACGUCAAGUUCUCCGGCGCCGACGACAUCUUCAAAAUAGAGCUCCUGCACUUCACAACCAUGAUGAUUCAACACUACUCAGAUCUUCUCUUUGAUGCGCAGAAGGACAUCAUCAAGUGCGCAUGGAAGCACAUUACCAGCGAGGAUGCUAUCGUCAAGCAUACGGCCUACCUUCUUGCGGCACAGUUCUUUGACGCCUGGGACGUUCCACAAAAGUUCUUCCAGAUCGUUUGGACCGGACUCCUGAGCCGGCCUCAAGUCGAAGGCAAGGCUCUUGUUCGACAGGCUCUCGACAUCCUCGCACCCGUUCUUCAGCGGAUGCCGCAGACGGAACCCGGUUACCCUCAGUGGGCAAAAACAGCCCGUAGGUUACUUGCCGAAGAGUCAGGUGGAUGGUCACAAGUUGGCUUGAUUUAUCAGUUUAUGGCUCGACAGACCAAUCUCUUCUACCCCGUUCGUGCUCUCUUCGUCCCACAUGUGGUGAACAACAUGCACAAGCUCGGCCUCAGUCAGACGUCCAGUGUAGAAUCUCGACUUCUGUCCAUCGAGGUUCUCAACGUCAUUUUCGAAUGGGAGCAAAGGGCCAAUAGCGAGAUGCAAGUUGAUGACGAGAAAUCCGAACAGACCUGGACGACUCCAUUACCCUUCCGGGAGUCCAUGAUCAGCUACUUGGUCCGACUCGCAACGACAUUGACGGACAAACAGUCGCUUUCUUUAGUUGCCCCGAAAGCGAUGAACCUCCUCCGCUUACUUGUGGGGUCUGGUGGUUGGUCGGAUGUCACCGUGAAACUAGGCUACUUCUCUCGCAUCCUGGAGCAGCGCGAUAUCCCGGAAUCUGUUCUCAUUACAGUGAUCAAUACCUCCAAGGUUUUGCAGAUUGUCGCCAGCGGGAAAUCGGAUCAAUGGUUCAGCGAAAAUGCUACCAUACUGGCAAAGCUCGUCAGGACUGGUAUCAUGCAUGACGAGGUCAGCAUGCAAGAUGCCCUUUAUCCUAUUGUUGAGCGUCUCUUGCGUCUCUUCCCUCUGCUCAAGGACGACGACGAGACACUGACGGAGCUAUCGGAGUGGUACAGUUGGAUUCAUAUGAUGGUUGGCGAAAAUCUCCGGAAUGCUGUGACUAAUCCGCGAGGUGCUCUGCUCCUGCUCAAAGCCGCCGUAGCAUCGACCCCAGACAGGAUCCAACCAUACGCGGGACCCUUGACGAAGCUGCUCGCCAUCAAGACCAAGGACCACGUCACACCGUCAACAGCACCGACACACACACAGGAGGGCACGGUCCGCUCGAUUAUCCUCAUGAUCGAGAUAACGAAAGUAGGAAUCACGUUCCUCGGCGACAAUCGGCGCACUCUGUUGACAUGCCUCGGGAACCUCGUCACGAAGUCAAAGAACAUGGCAUUGUGCCGCUACAUCCUCGAUACCGGACGUGAAUGGGCACUGAACCCACGAGAGACGGUUCCAUCCAUGAAGGAGAAGGCGGCGUUGUUGCAGGCGAUGGCAAGCUUUGAGAACCGCGAGAGAGGCGACGCCCUUAUGCAAAGCUAUCUGGAUCUACUCCUCGAAGUUUACACCGAACCGAGUUUACGUCGGAGCGACUUGACAACCAGACUCGAGCAACAAUUUCUCCUUGGCUGUCGCGCCACAGACUCUGUCACGCGCGAGAAGUUCGUCGACUUGCUGGACGCAAGUAUUCCCCGUUCCCUCUACGCACGUCUGGUAUACAUCUUCGGGGUUCAGAACUGGGAAGCCGUUGCAGACCGUAAUUGGAUCUACCUUGCUCUACAUCUUCUCCUGGGCUCUGUUGAAAGCGAUUCGCCUAUCAUCCCGGACCGUAAGGCGACGCUGGACGCUGGACCUUUACCCUCUUCAUUCCCGAUCAGCCGCUCUGCAUCUGUCGUUCGCCCAUUGCAAAGGCUUAUGUUUCUAGAUCCUUGGCGAGCUCAUGAAACUUGGGUCUCACUGUUCCCUUCGGCUUGGGCUUGUCUGUCAAGACGAGAGCAAGUUGACCUCACGCACCAUAUCAUCAGUUUGCUAAGCAAGGAGUAUCAUAUUGCUCAAGCUGAGCUGCGGCCGAACGUCGUUCUUACGCUCCUUGUCGGGAUCUACCACUGCUCGCCUCCGAUUAUGCUUCCGCCCCAUCUUGUCAAGUACCUUGCAAAGACAUUUGCUGCCUGGCACGUCUCGAUGCACAUCCUUGAGGCAUCCUUGGACCAUGUACGCGAAGACGAGGUUGUCGUCCGCGACACUGUGUAUGACGCCUUGACCGAGGUCUACGCAGAAUUGGCUGAAGACGAUCUGUUCUACGGUCUAUGGCGAAGACGCAGCUUAUACCCCGACACCAACGUGGCUCUGGCCUUCGAGCAGAGUGGAUUGUGGGAGCAAGCAUCGACUAUGUACGAAGCAGCGCAAGGGAAGUCACGUUCGGGUGUCGUCCCUUUCUCAGAACCUGAGUACUGUCUCUGGGAAGAUCACUGGAUUCUAGCGGCGGAAAAACUCCAACAGUGGGACACGUUACAGGAACUUGCUCGAAGCGAAAACAAUGCGGAGCUGCAACUCGAGUGCGCUUGGCGGAUCAAGGACUGGUACGAACAGAAGGAGUCAAUCGAGGAGUUGAUCAAGGAACUUCCUGAGGUUGCCACCCCCCGUCGGCUUGUUUUCGAAGCGUUUAUCUCGUUAUUGAAAAAUCCGGCCGCUGUAGACAAGAACGUCGAAUUCACGUCGAAGCUAGAGAAUGCGAUGCAGCUAUCGCUUCGCAAAUGGGUCAGCUUGCCGUUCCACCUGGCUCCUGCGCAUAUCCCGCUGCUCCAGCACUUCCAGCAGUUCGUUGAGCUGCAGGAAGCUGUCCAAAUCUUCGGCUCUCUCUCAGCUACAAAUGCGGGCAAUCUCGAGAAGAGGUCGUCGGACCUCAAGCUUGUUCUACAAGCUUGGCGGGAACGUCUGCCAAACAUUUGCGACGAUAUCAGCAUCUGGAGUGACCUCGUGGCUUGGAGGCAGAAUGUAUUCAACGCAAUUAACAAGACGUAUAUCCCUCUCAUCAAUGCGACCAACCAAGCUAGCGCCGCCGCCGGAACGACUAGCACCUACGGAUACCGAGGAUAUCACGAGACUGCCUGGAUUAUCAACCGCUUUGCCCAUGUCGCGCGCAAGCACGGUCUCCUUGAUGUCUGCGUCAACUCGCUCAACAAGAUUUAUACUCUACCCAACAUCGAGAUUUCGGAAGCUUUUCUCAAGUUGCGCGAGCAAGCACGAUGCCACUACCAGAAGACCGGCGAGCUAACUCAGGGACUUGAGGUCAUCAACAACACCAAUCUCAUGUACUUUUCGACGCCUCAGAAAGCCGAGUUCUACAUGCUCAAGGGUAUGUUCUACGAGAAGCUCGAGCGCUACCAGGAGGCGGACAGUGGGUAUAACCAGGCGGUUCAACUCGAUUUCCACCAGGGGAAGGUGUGGGCAGCUUGGGGCAAAUACUGGGAUCGCAUCUUCACAGCUCGCAACGACAUGCAUGCUGCCGGAAACGCCGUCAACAGUUACCUGCAGGCAGCGGGUCUCUUCAAGAACCGCAAGGCUCGGCCCCUACUCAUGCGCGUACUGUGGCUGCUCAGCCUAGAUGAUCAGGCUCUGAACAUUUCAAAGGCAUUCGACCAAUACACAGGUGACGCGUCAUGGUGGUACUGGAUUACCCUCAUUCCACAAUUGUGUUUGUCGCUGUCACACCGUGAGGUCAAACAAGCACGGUAUAUUCUGCUGAACAUUGCUAAGCUCUAUCCCCAAGCUUUGUUCUUCCAUUCACGCACCACAAAAGAGGAGAUGACGCAGGCAAAGAGACAAGCUGCUCUCUAUGCUGCGUAUCAAGCGAACGGUACCCAGGCGCAAGCUCAAACACCGACGCCCCGGCCACUCAACGGCGAGCAGCAGCCAAAUGCACAUGAUCGUGCAGCGGAGGUCGUUCGAGAGACCAUGCAGCCGCAAAACUCUGCAGACGAAUCCGCUCAGCAGGCUCUUCUUCGGGGUACGCCCGGACCGAACGGUUUACAAGACGGCAGUGAUCAAACGAAGGCCGCCGCCAUGCCUGUGCGCCUAGGGGCUGAGUGUAUCGAGGAAGUCUCUCAGAUCUCAAAGAGCGCCUUCCCGCUCUUGGUCAUGAGCCUUGAGACUAUUGUCGACCAGAUCGGCCAGAGGUUCAGAUCUACUCAGGAAGAGGAGAUCUAUCGUUUGGUGAGCAUGCUCUUGCAGGACGGUCUGACACAAUAUGCUGCUCGUGUUGGCAAUCCCGACGACCCUCUGCAUCUUAACAAGGACACGACCGGGCACCUUAACCGUCUUGCGCAUAACUUUGGUAACAUGUCUGCUAAGGAAGAGUAUGAAGGCGACUUCCUCAAGAGCCAGCUGACAUUGCCAGAAUAUUGUCAGAGGCUCCAGCGCUGGCGCGACCGGUACGAAAGGUAUCUGGAUAGCCGGCCACGGAUACAGACCCUCGACAUGGCCAGCCACUAUCUCAUCGAGUAUCCAAACAGCAAGUACGAUGAAAUCGAGAUUCCGGGACAGUACACUGAGGAGCGCGAUAACAAUCAAGCAUUCGUCAAACUUCAGAAAUUUAGUCCCAAGUACGAGAACUGUCGUACACAGAGCUACUGUUUCCGUCGUUUCACUAUGAUCGGGAGCGACAAUUCGAAGACGUCGUUCGCUGUACAGAUUCCGUCGGCCCGGCAUUGUCGCCGUGAAGAGCGCGUCUUCCAGGUGUUGCGUAUGUUCAACAGCGUACUGAGUCGCAAGAAGGAGACUCACAAACGGCGCUUGCACUUCCACGUUCCAAUAGCGAUACCGUGCCACCCAAGCAUGCGCUUGCUCCAGAGUGACUCGUCAUAUGUCACAAUGGGCGAUAUCUACGAGCAGUCCUGCAACGAGACAGGUCUCGGUCGCGAGGAUGCGCUCUUCCUCAUACCGGACAAGGUACGCACCACGGUAAUGCAGUACAAGCAGUCGAAUGGCGGACAGCCUCCAAACCACCAGCGCGUGACGCUGCGUAAGGAGCUUCUCGAUGAGAUCCGAGCGAAGCUUGUCCCCGAAGACAUUAUCUCUCGGUAUUUCCGGCGCACGAUCAACGGACCGACAGAGCUAUGGCGCUUCCGCAAGGAGUUUUCAACGCAGAUCGCGGCUUCGUGUUUCAUAACAUAUGUGCUCGCAUUGUCGAGUCGUACCCCUUCACGCUUCCACAUCUCACGCAACUCAGGGCAGGUCGCGCUCAGUGAAGUGCUGCCUGGUAUCCCCACAAAUGCCGUCGGCCCGCCCCUCAUCGGAUCGCCCGAAGCCGUGCCCUUCCGACUCACGCCUAACAUGCAACACUUCAUCGGACCCAUCGGUACGGAGGGUCUCCUCGUCGCCAGUAUCAUGGCCAUGGGACGCUGUCUCAGCGAACCUGAGUACGAGCUGGAAGAGCAGCUCUGCCUGUUCGCGAGGGACGAGGUCAUCACGUGGCUACAUCAAUCUAAGCGGCCGACAAGUAACGACGUGACCUUCCGCGGGCAUGUGCUGGCGUUGAGCAAAGACUUCGCACAGAACUUGCAGAACCUGCAGGGCGGGAACACCGUGCCCAUCUACAAGACGGUCACGAGCCUCGUGUUGAACGCGUCGAACCCGCUCAACCUCGCAUCCAUGAGCGACAUGUUCAUGGCAUGGUUCUAGGCGUGCUGUCCCCCCAGUCGGUCAUCGGUUCUGCGUGCUUCGCUAGUUAUUCGUCCGGAAUCCUCGUCAAAUGUGCUAACUAACAUACGUAUACUGCUUUCUCAUUGCUAUCUGCUAUUUCUGCACGCGCAGUUGAAUGAUCUCACCUUGUACUGUAUUGUGCAUAGUUCCAAUAUACACACACGUUGUUCAUGCUGUUCCAGCGUGGUAAUAAAGCAUUAGAUUCCGCUUUUCCAUGGUAAAGAUACAGAUUUAAGUGUGUUCCGCUCUUCGCGGCCGCUUAGACAAUUUUCUUGGCAAGCCACUCAGUCCAUUCCGUCUUCCCCCAGGAGCUUGAGAUCUCGCUCGCGAUGAGCCCGUCGAACAGCACGGUGGGCGAGACGUGAAUGCCAUUCUGCCUGCUGAACUUGACUGCAGGGUGAUGUC